AAAAGUUGUAUAUAGCUAGCUAAGAAAAGGCCUUAAAAAAAAGCUGAUUUCAUAAAGCAAAACUAACUUUUUCUCUCUCUUCAUUCCUCCUUUUCCUUCUUCUGUUUUUUGCCAUUAUCACCUCUCAUCUUUCUUUCCACGAAUAAAGCUGAAAUCCCACUACUAUUACAAACUUCACCACCACCAGCUGUAAUACUGUACCUCACUGCACAGGUUCUCUGAAUUUAUUAUUGGUCUUAGCUUAUUAUAGUUUUCACAAAACUACACCCAUGUUAGACAACAACAACACUGCUACUAAUUCCACUUCUGAUCCUGCUUUUGCAUUAUCAGAAAAUGGGGGUGUUAAUAACAAAAGAAAAAGAAGACCAGCAGGCACACCAGAUCCAGAUGCUGAAGUUGUGUCUUUGUCACCAAAGACUUUGUUAGAAUCUGAUAGAUAUGUUUGUGAGAUCUGUAACCAAGGUUUUCAAAGAGACCAGAAUCUACAAAUGCAUAGAAGAAGACACAAAGUACCAUGGAAAUUAUUGAAAAGAGAAACAACACAAGGAUUAAAAAAGAGGGUUUUUGUUUGUCCAGAACCAAGUUGUUUGCAUCAUGAUCCUUGUCAUGCACUUGGUGAUCUUGUUGGAAUUAAGAAACAUUUUAGAAGAAAACAUAGUAAUCAUAAACAAUGGGUUUGUGAUAAAUGUAACAAAGGUUAUGCUGUUCAAUCUGAUUAUAAAGCUCAUAUCAAAACUUGUGGUACCAGAGGACAUUCGUGUGAUUGUGGUCGUGUGUUUUCCAGGGUGGAGAGUUUCAUAGAACAUCAAGAUGCAUGCACUAUCAGAGGGAAGCACCAACCAGAUUUACAAGCAACAACAAUGCAACCUGCAUGCUCUUCAAGAACAGCUUCAAGCACAAGUCCAUCAAGUGAGGCAAAUUUUAGUAUAUCAGCUCCAUUACAAGGACUACCAGUACUUCCAAAACCACCCGAUAAACCAUCAACAACACCUAUCUUAUUAACCAAUUCAAAUAUACACAACAAACCUUCCACUUCAACUUCACAUCAUCACCAUAACUUAGAACUUCAACUCUUAUCACCUUCUUCUAUAAAACCUCAAGCAGAAAAACCAAAGGAUAUUCAAAACUAUGAAACAACUCAUUUGAAACUUUCAAUAGGGAGUAACAAUGAAUCAGAUAAACAAAGGAAUUAUAAUUAUACCUCUACAUUGGAAGUAGCAAGGUUGAAGGAGUUUACUAAUGAGGCUAAAGUUGGCAAGUCAGAAAAGGUUUAUGCAGAAGAAGCUAGAAAAGAAGCUAAAAGACAAAUUGAGAUAGCUGAAGUUGAGUUUGAGAAUGCUAAAAGAAUAAGGAAGCAAGCACAAGAUGAACUUGGAAAAGCUGAAGCUUUGAGAAAACAAGCUGUUAAGAAAAUAAGUAACACUGUUAUGGAAAUAACAUGUCAAGCUUGUAAGCAACAGUUUCAAUCUUCAACUUCUGGUGUUCCAUCAGAAGAAACAUCUAUUGUUAUGGGUUAUGUGUCCUCAGCAACCACCGAAGGAGAAGCAGAAUGACACAGGAAAACCACUACUUUCUGCUGCCAUAAAUAUAAGCAAAAUUGCACUUAUCAAAUUCAUUACAUAAUUAAUGUAUCUGGUCUGAAUUAUAGACUAAAUAUAUCAGUUAUUCAAUGAAUCUAAAAGGUACAUUUUUGCUUAUAAUUCUGACCGGAGGAAGAAUCUACUUGAAGAGAAAUUAAAGAUGAUAUAUUGCAGGAAAAGUUAAAUUUACAAUAAGUCAUAUGGUUCUUUCUUUCUUUCCCUAUUCUUUUUAUCAGUAUUUUUUUGUUUUUCUCUUUGAUUACCUGAAAUUUGUAUUAUUUGAGGGAAAAAAAAAGUUCAUAAUCUUUAUUAAUAUGGUUGUGAAGAUGCCUUAGGACUUUAGGAGUUUAUCCAAAAAAAAAAAAGGACUUUAGGAGUUUGAUCAAUCUCUGACAGCUGUUGAACAAGGCUUGCUUUAAAUGUUUUGUAUAACUUUUUUUCAUUUGUUUAUUACUUUAUUUGACA